GGCGGCGGGAGGGGGGGCGCCCGGACGGCGCGGCUGCGGCGGGAGAGGAGACGAGGCCGGGAUGGCGGCUGGGCCGGCGGUGCAGCGGGCGAGGGCGGCAACCGGGGCGCUCCGGAGGGGCGUUGGGGGGCGGGCGGCGCCCUGAGCCGGCAUGUCCCGCAAGAAGAGCCCCCGAGGCAAGGGUGCCGCCUCCGCCGCGGCCGCCGCCGCCUCCUCUUCCUCCUCCUCCUCCUCCUCGGCCGCCCUGCCCGCCGCCCAGCCCCCGACCCAGCCCCAGCAGCGCGACGCCAAAGCCAGGCCGGCGGGGGGCGCAGCCAGCGCCGACUCUGGCCCCGGCGGGGGGCCGCUGCCCAGCAGACCCUCCCUCAGCAACAGCGGCGAGUUCUACGACGUCGCCUUCAAGGUUAUGCUGGUUGGUGAUUCCGGCGUUGGCAAGACGUGCCUCCUGGUGCGGUUCAAGGAUGGCGCUUUCCUAGCCGGGAGCUUCAUAUCGACAGUGGGGAUUGACUUCCGGAACAAAGUCUUGAAUGUGGACGGUGUGAAGGUAAAGUUACAGAUCUGGGACACGGCUGGCCAGGAGAGGUUUCGGAGUGUGACGCAUGCGUACUAUCGAGAUGCCCACGCUUUGCUGCUCCUGUACGAUGUAACAAACCGUGCAUCCUUUGACAACAUACAGGCCUGGCUGAUGGAAAUUCAAGAGUAUGCAAAGCAGGAUGUGGUCCUGAUGCUGCUGGGAAACAAGGUGGACUCAACACAAGAGCGUGUGGUGAAGCGGGAAGAUGGGGAGAAGUUAGCCAAGGAAUACGGGGUGCCCUUCAUGGAGACGAGUGCCAAGAGCGGCUUGAACGUGGACUUGGCAUUCACAGCCAUUGCCAAGGAACUGAAGCACAGGUCGAUGAAACUGCCCAAUGAGCCCCGGUUUAAACUGCACGACUACGUCAAGAAGGAAGUGAAAGGUGCCGGCUGCUGCAGGUCAUAAGCGCAAGUGUUCUCCUGCGUACCUUGCCAUCCACAGGUGGGAGGAGGGGGCAUCCCUUGUACAGAGACUCGCAACAAGCAUCCUGUGUAUCAUGCUGGAUUCAUCUGUGUGCCGCUCAGCUCAGCCCCCUCCCUGCCUUCCCGCAGCAGAAAGCCUGCCUCUCUGGAUGUGCCUCCCGAUGAAUAGGAGAAAGCUUGGCGGGGCCGGCAGAAGUUGGUAUUAUUUUCCCCAGUGGGGUCAGCUCUGGAGAAAUGGCUCAAACCUUAAUGGGUUGGAAUCAGAAGGAAGUAGCGUGAUGUGAAUUUGAGCCGCUGGCGGAGAAUGAAAAAUCACAGCCAGCCCCUGCAAAAGCUGCAUAAGUGCUGCAAGAAUUGGAGUCGCGUCAGCACACGGGGGCUCACACAAAUCCCGUUAGCACCUGCAGCAUUUUUGCAGGACUCGUUGGAGACAGAUUGUACCUCCUUGUUCCUUCCUUGGUGUUGUGAGUCGUUGUCUGGUUGUGAGGUGUUCAGGAUCCCAGUCUAUUCAGGUCUUGACCCCACCCCCCCAACCCUUCCUCUUCUGAAAGUUUGGGUUUGUGCCUCGAUUGCUCCGUGUGCAGACCCGGGGGCUCUACCCUUCUGGGGCUUUUGGUUGUUUUGAAAGACCAACAUGGGCCAGGAAGGCUUAGCUAAGUGGAAUGUGUGGAAUGUGUGCUGUGCUGCCAAGUUGUGUUACCCACACAAGUGCGUUAUCGUCCGAGCUAGGGAAGGCGGUUGCUGCUUAUUGCUAGCCCCUCCUCGGUCAUUUCCUUCACGGCUCUUCUUGCCACUGGAACUUCUGUGGUUUCAUCCCAGAGUGCCAACGCUUUGGGUGUUUUUGUGGUGUGUAUGUGUGUGUGGCUUUUUUGUAGGAAGAUGUGCAAUACCAGGAAAACUUUUUUUAAUACACUGGCAAGUUCUGUGCUCAUUUCAAAGAGGACUUUGUCCCCCUUGGUUCUUUGCUGUGAUUCCCGCAGUCACCAUUGGAGGUAUGUUGUGUGGCUGGAGGGCUUUCCUCAAAGGUCACCCAAGAAAGACCAGCAGCUGCGGUGUGGCUUGAGGCAUGGUCUGGAUCCUCACAGCAGGACUUAGGAGAGGAGACAACUCCCCUUCACCCUGGAGGGAGGACCAGCAACAGCUCCCUGCAAGCAGAAAAGUAGGCUUGCUGGAGGACGCAGGGCUAGGCCCUUCCUGAAGCACUAGUUUUCUUUGAGGGAAGAGGGAGAGUUAAGGAAUGGGCACUAUUUCCUAAGUGUGAAAAGUGUGAUCUUGGAGCUGGCAUGGUUGGGUGUGUGUGUGCAGGAAGGCUGUCCCUGGUGGAUGCCUCUAUUAGUAGUUUUGUCUCUUGAGCAGCUAGAUGGCUUCUGUUCCCUGCAGGAGUCUGCAUAGCAAACUGGUCAACCACCUCUUGCUUAAUCAGAAGUCCGCCCCCGCCCCCGCUGUGGCCUCUCAGCCUUAGCCCCUUGCCACAGGGGGCUCUCAGCCUCCCUUUGAGCACGCAGGGAGAUUGCCUGCCAAGCUCUUUGCAGCCUCAGCCUUCUUUCUCCCUGUUGGCGUUUCUUGCUUGGUGUCAAUUUUUCUUCUUUAAAAAGCUGCUGCAUCUGCUGGUUAUUUUUUCUUAACAUGCCCCAAACCAGCUUUUAAAUAGAUUUUGUUGCAGAAGGGUCAGUGUGCAUGUUGCGUGCGCCUAGUUCGAAGUCCCUCGUAUCUCUGCCUACCAGGGUAAAAGCCGCACCUGUGCAGCUUGAGCCCAGAUGGGUCUUUAGAUUUUGUAUCUUGCUUCGGAAAGCCAGCAGCAGCGGCUGCUCUCCUGCUCAGGCUGUGUCACUUAGCUUCUGCAAUCCCCCUCUCGGGAGAGACUCAUGGAGAGACUCGGGAGAGCCCGGCCUGCCCGCAGCUGCUCUUUUCGAUACAGGCUGUUCCUGCCCCCUAGCGACGGAAAUCUGUCUGAGUACACAGCCCCUUCAAACAGUGUUACAUGUACCAACAACUUGCUGGCUCUCUGUAUAGUUUUUUGCUGUUCCUCUUAAUAAAAGAUUUUUUUAAAUAAC